AUGAUUGGGCAUCGGGCGCAUUGUGGAUGGGCCCGAUACGCGCUGCUUGUAUUUGCGGCUGUUUUACAUUGCACGUUUCAAGGAAGCUCGACUACGCAACCUGAUGUUAAAGACAAGGCAUCGUGGCGUUGUUACGGCGAGCUGGGCUGCUUCAGCAUCGGCGGCGCCUUCUACCACCCGCUGUACCGACCAGUGAACUUCUUUCCCGAAGAACGCUGGGUGGUGAACACGGAGUUCCUGGUGUUCACGCGCAAGAACCCGACUCAGAACGACUACCUCAGGUGGAACUCCACGGUGGAGCAGAUCAGUCGUAGUCACUUCAAUGCCAGCCAGCCCACGAAGAUCAUCACGCACGGUUGGCUGGACACGGUCUUCUUCGGAGCGUGGCUCAAGGACAUGAAAACGGCGUUCCUAUUGGUGGGCGACUACAACGUCAUCAUCGUCGACUGGAGAGGAGGCAACGGCCUGCCGUACACGCAGGCUACGGCCAACACGAGGCUUGUGGGAGCCGAAAUAGCCGCGUUCAUUAAGAAGCUUCAGGCCAUCUUUGGCGCAAAUCCGGAAUCGUUUCACAUACUCGGCCACAGCCUGGGCUCGCACAUUGCCGGCUACGCUGGUGAACUAAUACCUGGCCUCGGACGGAUCACAGGUCUGGACCCUGCCGAGCCGUACUUCCAGAAGAUGCCGCCGAAGGUCCGCCUGGAUCCGACAGAUGCCGAUUUCGUGGAUGUUGUUCACACCGACGGUGCCUCGUUUGUCCUCGACAUACUGAAAGGAGAGGGCCUCGGCAUGUACGAUCCCGUUGGUCACGUGGACUUCUAUCCCAAUGGAGGCAUCAAGAUGCCCGGAUGCGAGUUCAGUACGAGAGUGUUCAAGUUCAUCACGGAAGGUCUUGUGAACGGGGCCCGCGCCAUCGGCAUCUGUCACCACCAGAGGGCGAUCGACUACGUCAUCGAAUCCAUCACCGACGUGCAGUGUUCAUCGCUAUCCUAUGCCUGCUCCUCGUACGCGAUGUUCGAGAAGGGUCGCUGCUCGGACUGCGGCCGCGACGGCUCCAAGUGUGCCCGCAUGGGAAUGCAUGCGGACAGCUGGAAGCGCUUCAAGAACGAGAGCCGCUCGGUGCGCAUGUUCAUCGGGACCAAUAGGGAGCCUCCUUUCUGCGCAUUCCACUACCUGGUGAACCUGGAGAUGUUCAACAACCCAGACGCGAGCGAAGCAAGUGGUGACCUGAUUCUCAAGCUUGAAGGAACCAGAGACGAGUGCGAAAUGAAAGUUAACAGUGGCACCGCCACGCUGUACCCGAAGGCUACCUACAGCUUUGUGGCUAAGACGCCGGUGUACGUCGGAGAUAUCAAGAAGGCCUUCAUCACUUACAAGAGCAACCGCUUCUUCAGCGUGUUUUCACCCAGGAUGCAAUUGUGGAAGGUCAAGAUCAUGCCCAUGAACAGGCCAACCAACAGGCAGGAAAGAAAAGAUAGGACCAUGGUCUUCUGCUCCACAGCGCUGGGCGGGCUGACAUCCGGGAGACUCACAGCCCUGUCGCCAUGCUGAUUUUUUUAUAGUAACUUAUAUUGAAAUCUCACUAUCAACGCGUGUUUCCUGCGUUGCUGGCCGUCAUCGGGGUUCCUUCGUCGAAUUCAACCAUCACUGUUGCUUUCUUUGGUCACAUGCACUCUGAUCUCACGUUUCACGACAGACAAUAAACGUGGCCGCCGUCGUCUGCUAUGAA